GCAUGAAGUGACGUCGUAGCUCCCGUUUCCGGCCUGUCUCUACGCUUGCUUCCCGGCUCGGUCCCUGUAUCACCGGCCACCUAACCGCAGCACAGACCCCCCAGCCAUGGCUAACGUUGUGGACUCCAAGCUGUAUGACCUGCUCGGCGUGCCGCCCGGCGCCAGCGAAAACGAACUCAAGAAGGCUUACCGCAAAUUGGCCAAGGAGUACCAUCCAGACAAGAAUCCCAACGCUGGCGAUAAGUUCAAGGAAAUAAGCUUUGCAUACGAAGUUCUGUCCAACCCAGAAAAACGUGAAUUGUACGAUCGAUAUGGAGAACAGGGUCUGCGGGAAGGCAGUGGAGGGAGUGGAAUGGAUGACAUAUUUUCCCAUAUAUUUGGAGGUGGCCUGUUUGGCUUCAUGGGCGGCCAGAAUCGGAGUCGUAAUGGUAGACGAAGGGGUGAGGACAUGAUGCAUCCGCUAAAAGUAUCUCUAGAAGAUCUAUACAAUGGGAAGACCACAAAACUUCAACUUAGCAAGAAUGUUCUGUGUAGCUCCUGUAAUGGACAAGGGGGUAAAUCCGGUGCCGUUCAGAAAUGUUCUGCAUGUAGGGGUCGCGGUGUUCGUAUCAUGAUCAGACAGCUGGGUCCAGGAAUGGUCCAGCAAAUGCAGUCUGUUUGUUCAGAUUGUAACGGAGAAGGAGAAGUAAUUAACGAAAAAGAUCGCUGUAAAAAAUGUGAGGGCAAAAAAGUUAUCAAAGAAGUGAAGAUCCUUGAGGUUCAUGUAGAUAAGGGUAUGAAACAUGGCCAGAGGAUUACAUUUGCCGGUGAAGCAGACCAGGCCCCUGGAGUGGAACCUGGAGAUAUAGUCCUAGUGCUACAAGAAAAAGAACACGAGACCUUCCAGAGGGAUGGGAAUGACCUGCACAUGACACACAAGAUCGGCCUUGUUGAAGCUCUCUGCGGGUUUCAGUUCAAUUUUAAGCACCUUGAUGCGCGUCAGAUUGUCGUCAAAUACCCAGCAGGAAAGGUUAUUGAACCAGGCUCUGUUCGCGUGGUGCGAGGUGAAGGCAUGCCGCAGUAUCGCAAUCCCUUUGAAAAAGGGGAUUUAUUUAUUAAGUUUGAAGUGCAGUUUCCUGAGAAUAAUUGGAUCAACCCAGAGAAGCUCACGGAACUGGAGGAUCUGUUGCCAUCCAGGCCAGAGACUUCCAUGAUCAGCGGUGAAACAGAAGAGGUUGAUCUCCAAGAGUUUGACAGCACUCGUGGCUCAGGCGGUGGCCAGAGACGUGAGGCUUACAAUGACAGUUCUGAUGACGAAAGCAGUCACCACGGGCCGGGCGUGCAGUGCGCGCACCAGUAAGCAAAGCUAAAUUCUGAGGAUUUCCUUUCAAAUUGUUGCCUGGUUUUUGUUUCUGCGAUCCAGCUGUAUUGCCCCCAACGAUCCAUAUGAUCUGAUGGACAUGUCUCUUCCUGUAUGUGUAAUUUUUAAAUUUGGUUCUAUAGUAUUUACGGAGUGUAUAAUUUCAACUAACCACAAAAAGCUUUCAUGCGGUUCUGACUGUUCUAUAGUGAAAUAAAGAGAACACUCAAUCCUGAGGAA